AUGAAAAACAUUGCAAGUAUUUUCCUCUCUAUUUCCCUUCUUUUUCAAACUUUCAACGGAGUUAAAGCCGGCUUCCUCUGCGUAGGUGACACCUUCCUAGCCAACAGUAGCUACCGCCAAAACCGCGACUCGCUCUUCUCUUCUCUUGCUUCUCAAGUAAUCACCAACCGUGGAUUCUACAACGCCUCACUCAAUAGCGUUCACGCUGUUUCCCUCUGCAGAAGAGGAUACGAGCGGCAAGCUUGUAUCAACUGCGUAGAAAAAGCCAUUCGACUGAUAAAAACAAGUUGUUCUGAUAAAGUGGACUCGUUCAAUUGGAACGGUGACGAUGCGGACCAGGUAUCUUGUUUUGUACGUACAACAAACCACUCAACUUUUCAGAAACUCGAACUUGGACCAGCUACGCGUGACGCAAGUAACCUCGAUAUCGACUCAUCCAAGAACAUGACCCUCUUCCGCCAAGAAUGGGAAGCGACCGUUAACCGAACACUUGCUGAUGCAACCGUCAACACUUCCGCAUCGGUUCUCAAGUAUUAUGGAGUAGUUAAUGCAGAGUUUGUGGAGUUUCCAAAUGUUUACAUGAUGAUGCAAUGCACACCGGACAUAACUUCAGGCGAGUGUAAGAGAUGUUUGGAAGAGUGCGUUACGUAUUUUAGAGAUGUGUCUUGGGGAAAACAAGGAGGUACAGUUGGUCGACCGAGCUGUCUUUUCCGGUGGGAUCUUUAUUCUUUUUACGGUGCUUUCGCUAAUAAAACAAGAGUUCCUGCCCCUCCUAGACCUUUGAUUCCUCAAGCACAACCAAUAUCUCUUACUAGUUUGAAAGAGCUUAUCGUCAGAUUAAGAAAUCGAAAGAAGAAACUAGUGGUAUGCUCUUAUUAUUUUCAGGUCAGCUUUUAUGAUGUAUCUGUGCUCAUAAGUUUCGUUUGGUUAGUCUGUACAGAGGAUGACUGCAUAUCCGAUAGUCAGUUUAUGCUGAGGUUCGAUCUUAGCAUGGUCCUACUCGCAACCGGUGAUUUCUCUCCUGAAAAUAAGAUUGGGCAAGGUGGAUUUGGAUCUGUCUACAAGGGGAUAUUACCGAGUGGGGAGGAAAUAGCUGUAAAGAGAUUAAAAAGAGGCUCAGGGCAAGGAGGGAUUGAGUUCAGGAAUGAGGUCUUACUCUUGACAAGACUCCAACAUAGGAAUCUAGUUAAGCUUCUAGGUUUUUGUAGUGAGGGAGAAGAAGAUAUUCUUAUCUACGAGCAUGUCCCUAAUUCAAGUCUUGAUCACUUCAUAUUCAAUGAAGAGAAACGAGUGCUACUAACAUGGAAUGUAAGAUACAGAAUCAUUGAAGGAGUUGCUCGAGGUCUUAUUUAUCUACACGAAGAUUCUCAGCUGAGGAUUAUUCACCGAGACUUGAAGGCGAGCAAUAUUCUUCUAGAUGCUGAGAUGAACCCUAAAGUUUCAGACUUUGGGAUGGCUAGGUUAUUUAACAUGGACCAGACUCGAGGCGUGACAAGGAGGCGCGUUGGAACCUUUGGCUAUAUGGCUCCUGAGUACAUUAAGAACGGAAGAUUUUCAGCCAAAACAGACGUUUACAGCUUUGGGGUUGUGCUUUUGGAGAUGAUCACCGGCCAAAGUAACAAGAACUACUUUGAAUCCUUGGGGCUACCCGCAUAUGCUUGGAAGUGUUGGGUGGCCGGCGAGGCUGUGCGUAUCAUCGAUCCUGUCUUGAGUAGGACCCCAACAAAUGAAAUCCUGAGAUUCAUCCACAUUGGUUUGCUGUGCGUUCAAGAGAAUGUUGCAAAGAGACCAACCAUGAGUUUGGUUAUUCAAUGGCUUGGUAGUGACACUAUCGCGAUUCCUUUACCUACCAUUGCUGCUUUCACCAUGACGGAGUUGCAUAGAACCGAUGCAAUGGAUCAAGCCAAAGGUGAAGCUGGUACGCUGUCAUUGAACAAGUUAUCAGUCAGCGAGUUAAGUCCUCGUUGA